AUGGAAAAGCCAGACCAAGACACGCUGACCCAUCCGCUGCUCUAUCGGGAAAAUAUCAACUCGGCCCAACAGUCUGAGGGAAAUAGCAACAACACUGUCGCAUCAUCAUGGAUGCCACCUGCACAGCCGCUCAAGGACGGCGGUGAUGAGUGCUGGGAUUGCUAUCCACACCUCGUACGCAAGAUUGAAAACGAAGGAACACCCGAACAAGUCGAGCAUCUUCAUCAGCUGCAACAAUCACAAUCUCCAAAGCAUUGA